CUCUGUCAGAGUUGAUUUGUUCACGUCAACCAAUCGUAGCCCUGGCUGGUGAUGAUGUCAUUUUGCCAUGUCACCUUGAACCUGCAGUCAGUGCCGGUUCUGAGACAGUGGUGUGGAACAAACCUGAUUUGGACCCAAAGUACAUCCAUUUUCACCACGAUGGACGACUGAUGUAUCAGUUUCAAAAUCCAUCUUACAAUUAUCGUACAAGACUGUUUGUGGAUGAACUGACUAAAGGAAACGUCUCUGUGAAAAUCUUCAGCGUGAAAAUCUCUGACUCAGGAAAAUACUUUUGUUUCCUUCAAUCAUUGCAGAAGGAAGCUUCCAUCCAACUCACUGUUGGUGUUGUCUCCACACUAAUCAUACACGUUGUCUCAAAUAACAGCAGCAGUGUGGUGUUACAGUGUGAGUCUGAAGGCUGGUAUCCAGAGCCUGAGGUGUUUUGGCUGGACGGUGAGGGAAACCUCCUCUCUGCUGGACCUACAGAGACAGUCAGAGGUCCUGAUGACCUCUAUACUGUCAGCAGCAGAGUGACUGUGGAGAAGAGACACAGCAACAACUUCACCUGUAGAGUCCAACAGAAGGACAUCAACCAGACCAGAGACACUCACAUCCAGGUUACAGGUUUCAAGAAGAACCAGGGGGAAGAAUUGGAGAUGGUGUUUAAGCAAGCAGGAAU